ACGAGAAUAGUCUCAGCAGCUGCUCGCGGUUCUGUUUAACUAACAGCUGAUUAACUGCCGGUUUUCUUUACUAAUUAAACCGGUUAUUACCUCAGUGUUCAUAUAUUUUUGUGUUGACUAGCGCUCUCAUUAACUCAGCUGUUUCGCUGCAGCUUUACUCAUUAAAACCUCCAAACACCUGAGCAAAUUACGUCAUUCUCAAUAAGAACGGCACAGGCGUUAACUGCGAUAAACGGAGCUUCAUGACAGCGGUCAGCACUGGUACCGAACCGACCAAUCAACCCUGGCCUGGUGUUUGCUCGGUGUUGUUCACUAAGUGAAUUUAGCUGAACCAGGUCCACUUCUGACUGAUGGAGACGCGGCACUUUGUAGAUGAAGCGCUGGUGCUUUGUCUUCAGAGGCUCAACAUGGAGGAAGACAUGCUGGACAGUGAACACAAGCUAAUUGAAGUGGUGAGGAACUUUGAGGUGGUCCGGAAGAAGUGGCUGAAUUCAGAGCUGGAGCUGAAGAAAUACAAAGAGCUUCUGGUGAAGUCGGACGUGGCCAAAGCCGCUUUGGAGGUGAAACUGAAACAUGCUCGGAACCAGCUGGAUGUGGAAAUGAGAAAACGUUACAAGAUGGAAGCAGAUUAUCAUUACUUGGAGCGGCAGAUGCAGCUAAUGUGUGACAUCCUAAUCCACGACAGUAAAUCCAGCUCGUGUUUGAACGACGAGCAAAAGACUCUUCUAGCUGCUUUUGAUCACAAAGGAGCAAAUGCGACCCUUCACAAGAGCAGCAGACGGUUGUCAGUGAUCGAUGAGUCGUCUUUUCUGUCCCAUUCUGACAUCAGCUACGAUCGAACAGACGAUGAUGUGGAUUUCGACACAACUGUUUUAAAGCCUCUGCGAUCCAGAGCCAGAGAGAGACGGCGCUCCUCCAUGGGCCCGGCUGUGGGAGCACUGGUUCGGAGGAGGAGGCGAGGCAGCAAUGUCUAUGCAGAAGUGCUGGACAAAAAGCCUGUAAACAAGGAGCCGGAGACUAUUGUGAAAGCGUCAGUGGUGACACCAGAAAGCGGCAGGCAGAUCCACAUGGUGGUCGGAAUCCUGCAUGAGAGUGGUCCUCCAGUCCACAAGGCUCCCCAGGAGCGUGAGGUCUCACUGAUGCAAGAGCACACGAAUGAAACCUCGGUGUGGUCUCACUGUGACGAUUCCGUGAUGGAAGUGAAGGUGGAGGACUUCGCUGCAGUCCCUGCUCCCAGCAGAGCAGAGUCCCGCAAACAUGUCUUUGUUUCUAAAACGGUCAUCAUGCCAGAGACGUGCCUGCUCUGCAAGAAGAGAGUUCGCUUUGGAAAGAUAGUGGUCAAGUGCAGGGACUGUCGCGUUGUAGCUCAUCCAGAGUGCCAGCAGAAACUAAGCGAGAGCUGCUGGCCCAUGGAGAAAAGCAGCCAUGUGACAGCACCUCAGGAUUCACUGGAGGCUCUUGCUCCUGUCACCCAUCCCAGUGUUCCUGCUCUGGUGCGGCAGUGUGUUACUGAGAUUGAGAGGCGGGGGCUACAAGAGAAAGGACUCUAUAGAAUUCCUGGAGGGGAGCGUCUGGUGAAGGAGCUGAGAGAUCAGUUUAUUCAGGGGAAAAACCCUGUCCUGCUCAGCAACGUGCAGGACGUCCAUGUGGUGUGUGGCUGUCUCAAAGACUUCCUAAGGAAACUAAAAGAGCCCAUCAUCCCUUUCCGACUGCACAAGACGUUUAUGGAGGCUGCAGAACUGAAUGAUGAUGAUAACCGCUCUGCCAAGAUGUAUCAGGCCAUAGCUGAGCUGCCCAAGGCCAACAAAGAUACUCUGGCUUUCCUCAUGCUGCACUUCUACAGGGUGAUGAGGAGCCCCCAUUGUCAAAUGGACCGGAGUAAUUUGGCCCGUGUCUUUGCUCCAACUAUUGUGGGCUAUGGGAUGUCUGAGCCGACUCCAACCACUAUCCUCCGAGACACCAACGUUCAGCUCAAGGUGAUGUGCCAUCUUCUGUCCCUCCCUGAAGACUCAUGGAGACGCGUCCUCACGGUUACCACAGACCAUACGUCACCUUCCACCUGUAAAACCACCAACCUGGACGGCGGACGCGUUCCAGCGUGCUUGUUUCAGCCUUUGACAUCUCCAGAGCUGAGCCCUUACAUAAAAACCUGCAGACGACCUGGGACAGGAAGGAUCAACACUGUACUCAACAUUGAACCAGGGAAAAAGUUCUUCACAUCACCCAGCUGAUCUGCUUGUUGCUUCCCAGCCUGCAUCUGCACGGUGAUCACUUUGUGUCAUAUACAUUAAACUGUGGGUGAAGCAACUCUGAUUGGUUACUGUUAAGGGAUGGUGGUUUUAGCACCCAAAGCAAUAAAGUAAAAAUAAUGAA